UCAUUGCAGGUCAACCAAACAAACUAGCUUAACUUAUUUUGCUUGGUUAAGAUCAUGAAAUUAAACCAAAUGAUUUUUGUCCGAGUGAGUUGCUUAUGACUAAGCUCAAUUUGCUUAGUUGGAGCAUGGCUGAAAUAAGCUCCAUGGUAUCAAAGGCUGUAAGCAAACUAGCUGAUGUUCUGAUUCAAGAAUCAACAGCGUUGGAGGAGGUAAGAAACCGGGCUGAACUGGUUGAAAGAAAGCUGAGGUACAUGAAAGCAAUCAUAGACCACCUUGAAAGGCUUUCAGUCUCCGAUCCCAUUGAGCCAGAGUUGAUACAGGAUAUAAAGAUCAUUGCUGCCAGUGCAGAAGAAAUAGGCACCUUCCUCAACACAUUAGCCAAGAAGAAGAGGAGGAAAGGUGUUCUCUACUUGCUUGACCAACACAAUGUUGCCAAACACCUACAGCAGAUCAAUAACAAUAUUGGAGGAAUCUGUCAGAGAAUAAUCAACUAUGAAUCCUUAGCUGAGUCAUUGUGGAAUGUUCAAAUAUUGCGUCCAACAGCACAACCAUCUCUCCUUGAUGGAGAAGUAGAGAUUUUGAUCGCCAAUUUACUCUCGCAUGAGAAGCGUCGCUUCAUUACUUCAAUCGUUGGAGCUAAAGGCACGGGUAAGACAACACUAGCCAAAUUGAUAUUUUCCAAUGAAGCUGUUAAAGCUCAUUUUGCUUGUCGAGUUUGGCUGUCAGUGUUUCCACGUUGGAAAGUUAAGCAGUUUCAAAGAGAAAUAAGCAAAGUUGCUGCCACACUCAGAACCUUGGAGGAGAGUGAAAAGUAUCUCCUAGUUGUUGAUGGUAUUCAAUCUUCCAUUUUCUUGGAUACUUUGAGAGAGACCAUACGCUCCAUACCUGACAGGUCAACAGGAUGCAGAUUUCUUGUUACCACUCGCAAUGCCAAUGUAGCGCGUCAAGCAGGUACCAUAUCCUUCGUUUACCCUCUACAGUUAUUAGACGAUGAACAUAGUUGGAUCCUGCUUAAAAACAAUCUAGGAGGCGUUCCCUUGGAAUUAGAACAGAUGAAGGUUGCAAAAAAAGUAGUGGCCAAAUGCUGUGGCCUGCGAUCCGAAAUAUUAAAAUUGAAAAUGAGUGAUUUGCAUUUGCUUUCUCAUAGAGAUGUGACAAGCCUAGGAGAAAACCCUUGGUCAGAAACAUUUGACACAGUCUACGAGAACUUACCUUCAUACCUUAGGAGAUGCUUAUUUUAUUUUGAGCUCUUCCCUGCUAGCUUUGCAAUUCCUGCAAGAAGGUUGGUUGUGUUGUGGAUCGCAGAGGAUGUAGUGUACAAUGGGAAAGACCAAGAGCGACCAGAGCUAGUUGCAGAGAAGUACUUGACAGAGUUGAUAGAUCUGAACUUGGUUCAAAUUGCCAAGAGAAAGCCCAACGGCAAGGUCAAAACAUGUCGUCUCCCUAAUGCUUUGCGUCAACUGUUGUUGAUAAAAGCUAAUGAACUCCCAAAAAUUUCCAGAAUAGGCCAGGUGGUGGCAGAUCGUCUGGACGAAAAAGAUAUCUGGCACAAUCAUAUUCAUGGUGACUCUACAAGUGAUUCAGCACCCCUGCAAAACUACUACAAGGAUGUUCUCUCCUUCAAGUCUUUUGAUACUCGAGAGGGAAGAGCACCUGGACAAGACAUAAGUAACUUUCUCAACAUGUGUAUUUCAAGCAAUUGUCUUUUGUUGCUGAGGGUGCUUGAUCUAGAAGAUGUUUACAAGCCCAAGUUGCCUAAAAGCAUUGCAAGACUUACUCUAUUAAGGUAUCUUGGCCUAAGAUGGACUUAUUUAGAGUCACUUCCAUCGUCUAUAAGCAGCUUGUUGAAACUCCAGACUCUUGAUCUCAAACAUACUUACAUACAGAUCCUAACCAGCUCCAUCUGGCAAAUGGAACUGAGACACCUCUACCUGAGUGAGACUUUUCGCACCAGAUUUCCAUCCAAACCAAAAGCUAUAGGUGGUAAUUCUCUAUCUGACCUCCAAACAUUGUGGGGACUUUUUGUGGACGAAGAGACUCCUGUGAAGGGUGGUCUAGACAAAUUGAGCAGUAUCAGAAAAUUAGGAAUAACAUGUCAAUCAAUGUUACCACAGCAAGAGGCAAUGGAAUCACAACUUGAUGCAGUAGCUGAGUGGAUUAUGAGACUAGAACACCUUCAAUUUCUGAGGCUAAGAUCAAGAGACGAAGAAGGUAGACCUUGGAAAUUGAAGUUGAAGUUUUUGGAAGGACACGUUAAGCUCACUGACAUGUACUUGCUGGGAUGGCUGAGUAGUCCAUCUAUUCUGUCCCUGUUUCCCCCAAGCCUUGUUGACCUCACCCUAUCACAUUCCAAACUAGAUGUUGACCCCAUGCAAAUCUUGGACCAUCUUCCAAAGCUUCGUUCAUUGUCGUUACUUGCAGAAUCCUACUUGGGAAGAACUUUGGUUUGCAAUCCUCAAAGCUUUCCUCAACUUUAUGUCUUAAAGAUUUGGAAGCUAGAAGGAUUAGAGGAAUGGGUUAUAGAGAAAGGAGCACUCCCCUCUAUGAGACAACUGGAAAUCCGAUCAUGUCCUCGCAUGAAAAUGUUUCCUCUUGGAUUAAAGCAUGUUAACAGUCACCUUGAGUUGAAGUUGACAAACAUGCCUAAGGAAAUCACUACUAACAUCGAUAACAUUCUGCCUCAUUGUGAUCUACACGUUCAUAAUUUUCAGUAGAAUCAUCUUUCAUGCCUCCCUUUUGCAUGUUCUGGGCAUAGUGGAGCCUAUAUGGAAUUGGAAAUUGGUUCAUUGGGACGUGUAUUUUCUUUCACUGUAAUUUGAAUUGGGACGUUGUUUUCAUAUAUUAUAUUGUCAAAUCCAGAUAUAUGUAUCAAUAAUGGUAAGAGUAUUGUGUUAUCUACAUGUGUAGUAUUUUAUAACUGAGUACUUAAUUUUUUACAUUUUUUUUUAUUGAGGCUUUGGUGUUAAUGUAGUGGUUUUUUAUCCAUUACUUUACGGUGGUUUUGAAUCACCGCAAA